GAGGGAGAUGUCGUGUCCAAGCAUGAUGUAGACCCUAUCGUGACGGCCGGAAGGUUAGGCGUGUGCCACCGCAGCUGCGUAUGGGCCAGUCACCCCAGACAGCCAUGUGCAAUUGCAAAAGCGUGUCUAAUAUCUACAGUUGGUGUGUUAGUUUCCUUUAUUAUCUUCCAUGGUGUAGCCUAUGCUCUAUAUAAAGUGCAUUUAACUCAAAGUUUUCUUCACCAAACAUCGGCUCAUCAACUUCUCCCUCUCCUUCAUUGGGAUUCUUGUAUACUCUUGUCCUUCAUCUCUGAGAUUAUGGCUGUUCGGUUGCCACAGUUGGUUCUUGCUAAGAAGGUUCUCAAGCGAGCUCUCAGCGCGAGCAGAUCCAGUUCAGGGAUCGAUAUCCGGAAGGGACAUUUUGCAGUCUAUGUGGGCGAGGGUCGGAGGCGGUUUGUGAUUCCAACAUCAUACUUGAAGAGUCCCACAUUUCAAAGAUUGCUGAAGGAAGCUGAGGAGGAGUAUGGGUUCCAGUCUCAGAUGGGCCUAACCAUUCCUUGCAGUGAAGAUGCCUUCAGAGCUCUAACAUUGCAAUUGGCAUGAUCAUAUUCCACUUCUUGUUAUUCAAAUCUCAAACAGUUAUAUACACAUACAUACAUCAUGUACAAAGGGGAUUCAGAACCCAUCAUACAAUAA